ACGACAAACUCGUCGUCCAAUCCGCCCGUUACUCACUUACUCCAUUACUCCUCAGUGUUAUUCCUGCGAACGCGCUCAUUCAUUGUUUGCAGGAUUCGCUCUCCUUUUGGUUUUCGUUCUGUCGACGCCGAGUUUGCAAUGUUCCAUUUACGACCAACGGUAGGGCUCAAGGACAUCUUUCAGAGGCAGCUGAAGCGGCGUUUGGCAGGCGGAGUCCACGUUCCCCUUGCAGCCGGCUACUGGAGCCGCUCUCCGGCCACGGCCACAGAGCAGCACGACGCUAGACGCUUUUGUUCCAAAGCAGACGGACACAAUGAGGCCAACAAAGAUUCUGCCACGGACAAGAGAAGAAAGGCAGGUAUUUUACCCAGCCUGGAGGACCUGCUCUUCUACACCAUAGCUGAAGGCCAAGAGAAGAUCCCAGCACACAAAUUCACCACAGCUCUCAAAUCCACUGGGCUUCGCACAGGAGACCCCCGGUUGAAAGAAUGUAUGGAGAUGCUGAAGGUGACAAUGAAAACAACCUCAGAUGGAGCCCUGGAUAGACACCUCUUCAAGAAAUGUGUGCAGAGCAACAUUGUGCUGCUCACUCAAGCCUUUCGUAAGAAAUUUGUCAUCCCGGACUUCCAACCGUUUUGCCGCCACAUUGGCGAACUGUACGACAAUGCAAAGAACAUGUCUGGGGGACAGGUGGCUGACUACAUUCCCCAGCUUGCUCGCUUCAGCCCAGACUUGUGGGCCGUCUCCUUGUGCACCGUCGACGGUCAGAGGCACACGGUAGGUGACACCAAGGUGCCCUUUUGUCUGCAGUCUUGCGUGAAGCCACUGAAAUACGCCAUUGCCGUUCACGACCACGGCACCGAGUACGUGCACCGCUUCAUUGGCAAAGAGCCCAGCGGCCUGCGCUUCAACAAGCUCUUCUUGAAUGAAGAUGACAAACCACACAACCCCAUGGUGAACGCCGGCGCCAUCGUCUGCACAUCUCUCAUCAAGCAAGGAGCCAGCAAUGCUGAGAAGUUUGAUUACGUCAUGAACUUCAUGAACAAAUUGGCGGGAAACGAGUAUGUCGGCUUCAGCAACGCCACGUUCCAGUCUGAGCGUGAGUCCGGAGACAGAAACUUUGCCAUCGGCUACUACCUGAAGGAAAAAAAGUGUUUUCCAGAAGGAACAGACAUGACAUCCAUCUUGGACUUCUACUUCCAGUUGUGCUCCAUAGAGGUGACCUGCGAGAGUGCCAGCGUAAUGGCAGCAACCCUCGCCAACGGUGGCUUCUGUCCCAUCACAGGAGAGCGCGUGCUGAGCCCGGAGGCAGUGCGCAACACUCUCAGCCUGAUGCACUCAUGUGGAAUGUAUGAUUUCUCUGGACAGUUUGCUUUCCAUGUGGGCCUCCCAGCUAAAUCUGGCGUCGCCGGCGGGAUCCUGCUUGUGGUUCCAAAUGUCAUGGGCAUCAUGUGUUGGUCUCCUCCUCUCGACAAGCUGGGCAACAGUGUGCGAGGCAUCCAGUUCUGCACGGACCUGGUUUCCCUCUUCAACUUUCACAACUAUGACAAUUUGAGACACUUUGCAAAGAAACUGGAUCCUCGCAGGGAGGGAGGAGAUCAGAGGGUAAAGUCUGUGAUCAAUCUGUUGUUUGCGGCUUACACCGGAGACGUGUCAGCACUGAGGAGGUUUGCGUUGUCCUCCAUGGACAUGGAGCAGAGGGACUACGACUCCAGGACGGCUCUGCAUGUGGCUGCAGCCGAAGGUCACGCUGAGGUGGUUCGCUUUUUGCUCGAGGCCUGUAAAGUCAACCCAGUCCCCAGAGACAGGUGGGGUAAUACGCCGAUGGAUGAGGCGGUUCACUUCGGCCACCAUGAUGUGGUCACCAUCCUGCGCGACUAUCACAAUCUGUACAGUCCUCCGGAAAGCCCGGCGACAAACGAGAACGCAGAAAAUAACCUGGAUAGCAUGCUGUAAAAUGUCUGGAAGCGGCAUCGCCACUUCAAAGCGUCUUGCACAGAACUUGAUAUAAACAUAACUUAUACAGUAUGUUGUUCUGAUGACAGCAAAUGUUAGCACCGAAGAAAACGCUCUUAAUCAUGUUGUUGUUGUUUGCUGAUGUUGUUCUUGUACUUUCAGCGUGUGUUGGCGUAGUUGUAGGUGGAAGCUUUACUUUUGUAGCGUCUUGGAGGAUGUUACUAGCCAAAAGCUGAAUGCUGGCUUCAUUGAGUGGCAGCUGGUACUUUUUUUUUUUUGGACCGAUGUAGACAAACCGUAUUAUUUUCAACAAAGCCACGUGGUGGAAUGUAUCGUCUCCUGACACUCAGUGCGUUUGUGUGCGUGUGUCUCUGUAUUUUAUAUUUAUUUGUGUAUGUUUAACAAAAGCUACGCGUGUAUAAAUAAGUCACUUGUGGAUCUCCAUAUGGCACCUUGUUGAAUUAAGUCUUGAAUGGAAAGUAAUUCCAAAUAUUAUGACUUUAAAAUGUUUUUGCUGUUUACAUUUCCCAAAACAUGUUUUUAUUUUGACUUAUUUGGUAUUUAUUCCAGAAAAAAAACUCAAUUUAAAGAUGACAAUGAGCCAAAGUUCAGGAAUUUGUUGUGACAGUACAACUAAUCAGAGUGGAGCUUUUGACCAAUUUGCUAAAAAUGAAGCUUUGUGCUGAAGCUGUUGGAUGUUUUUACGUGUAUUAAAUGUUGUGAUAGUUUGACAUUUUUGUCGCACAGAUCGCCAAAUCUCACAUUUGGGAAAGUUGUUCCUGCAAACGACUCAGGAAGGUAUUUGAAGAGCUCAAAGAAAUACUUCAAAACAGGGUCGCGUUUAUGUUUUGGAAGCUUCAAAACUUGACAGAAACAAUGUUGAAGCACAAUAACUGCAAUUUUACUGACACAUUUAGCAGAGCGGAUGGUCAAAUGGACUUGAGCUGAUUCCCACUUGUGUUAGUUGUUGCUGCUGUGACUGGAUGUAUUGAUUUCUGGAAACCUCACAAAUUAAAUAUAUACCGUACUACA